UUGUUCAACAAAUAAAAAUAACAAUUAUUAAAUAUUGGCAAGAAAAAAUUCAACCACUUUUAAAUCCAUUGCCUGAGAAAUAUUCGAAUUAUGUAAUCGAUAUAGGAUUAAUUGAAAACAAAUUAACGAAUGAAUAUGAUUGUAUCGUUAUUGAAAUGAAUCCAUUUGAGACAAGUACUGGUGCAAGUUUAUUUAAUUGGACAACAGAUAGUGAUCAGUUAAGAGGACAAGAAAAUGAAAUAGAAAUACGUGUACAAUCAGAUUAUUAUCCAUAUAUUAAAGACUAUAUUGAAUUUAUUCUUGAAGUUAAUCAAUGUGAUGGAAAAGAGAAUUCAUCAUCUGUUGAUCAUGGCAAAGAACCAUAUUUUAUCUUUUUAGAUCAAAUGAAAACACAAUUUUCUUUAUAA